GGGCGCGCGCAGUGGGCGUGGCCCGAGGGCGUGGCCCGGAGGGAGGCGGGGCCGCGGGCGCUGUCUCAGUGAAAGCCCGAGCUGCGGCGGCGGCGGAGGCGUCCGGGCGGGUGUGCGCGCGUGUGGGGCGCAGGCUCGGCGGCGGCGGCGGCGGCACAGCCUGCGGAGGCAGCGGCCCGUCUGGAGCGGCCGCUGCGAGGACGCCAGCUGCAGCGGGAGAGGUGCAACCGGGGCUGCGCGCUCCGCGGGGCCGGCGGGGGCCGGGAACAGGUGAUCCCAGCGGGUCGCCGAGCCCCAGCGAGUUGGCGGGGCGGGAGUCCGCACUCCCGGGCGCAGCUGCAGCCGCCCCGCCGCGGCUGGUCGCGGACGGCGGACUGCGCCCGGCGCCGGACCGCGCGGCUCGGGCGUCCCUCUGCUCCCGGGGGCCCAGGAAGCCCCCUGCCCUGGGGGCGCAGAAGUGCCCGCUCCCGCUGCCCGGCGUCCGCUCCGAGGCGGAGCAAAGUUGUGGACGUGUCCCGAUAGCCGAGCCGGGAGCUGUCACGACCCGGCCGGGUCGGCGCGCUCUUUCAGCGGCGCUGACACGCCAGCCCCGCCACCGCCUCGCCCCCUGAGCCGGCCCCUUCUGGAAACUGCUUCUGAGGCUGAAACUUUGGGCCGAGGGGCUGCGGGCGGCGCGGCGCGGGGACGAGGCCUGCGGGCGCCCCUCCGCGCGGACAGCCUGGGCUCCGAGGACGGCAUGUGACGGCCCCGGCGGCGGCCGCAGCGCGGGAAGGAGCGGGCCCCGCGGGGUCCGGCCGCUGCGAGGAGGGGCUCCGCGGCGGCCGGAGCGAAGGCUGUGGCGCGCGGCCGACCCCUGCGGGCCCGGGCCCCGAGCCGUGCCGCCCGGCGCGCCCGGGCCCCGCCGAGGCCCUUGCGCCCCCGCCUCGGCGCGGGGGGACGCGCCCCCAAACUCCUUGAACUUCAGGGGCGGCCCCCGAAGCGGCGAAACUCUCAGGGACCCCCACCCCGGGCGGCGCCCCUCGACGACCUCCCCGCGCCAAACCCCCUGCCGGCCAGUGCCUGCCCUCCGAGGGCCUCGGGGUGGGGGGGCCCGGCCGGAGCUGACCGGCCCCAGCCCCGCGCCAGGCCACGAUGCUCAUGAGGAAAGUCCCCGUCUUCGUCCCGGCCUCCCCGUGGGGGCUGCGGCUGCCGCAGAAGUUCCUCUUCCUUCUCUUCCUCUCGGGCCUCGUCACCCUGUGCUUCGGGGCGCUCUUCCUGCUGCCCAACUCCUCUCGCCUCAAGCGCCUCUUCCUGGCCCCCCGGACCCAGCAGCCCGGCCUGGAGGUGGUGGCCGAAGUCGCCGGCCACCCUCUGGCCCGCGAGCAGGAGUCGCCUCCCAACCCGGCCCCCGCCGUGCCAGCCCCGGGUGAGGACGACGCCAGCAGCCAAGCCAAUGCCCGGCGCCGGAAAGGGUGGCUGCGGCGCACCCACCCCACCGGGACGCGCGAAAUGGCCACGGCGGCCCGGAGCAGCGGCAGCGCGGCCCUCAGACCCCAGGAGCCGAGCAUUCCGUUUAGCUUUGACUUCCACGCGUUCCAGAGCCGCCUCCGCCACCCGGUCCUGGGGACUAGGGCGGAUGAGAGUAAGGAGCCCCAGAGCCUAGUUCGAGCCCAGCGGGAGAAAAUCAAGGAGAUGAUGCAGUUCGCCUGGCAGAGCUACAAGCGUUACGCGAUGGGGAAAAACGAGCUCCGGCCACUCACGAAAGACGGCUACGAGGGCAGCAUGUUCGGAGGCCUCAGCGGGGCAACCAUCAUUGACUCCCUAGACACCCUCUACCUCAUGGAGCUGCAGGACGAGUUCCAGGAGGCCAAGGCUUGGGUUGAAGAGAACUUCCACCUGAACGUGAGUGGAGAAGCAUCCUUGUUUGAGGUGAACAUCCGGUACAUCGGGGGACUCCUCUCAGCCUUCUACCUGACGGGAGAAGAGGUGUUCCGAAUCAAGGCCAUCAAGCUGGGAGAGAAACUCCUGCCCGCCUUCAACACCCCCACGGGAAUCCCAAAAGGUGUUGUGAACUUCAAAAGCAGCUCCAACAGGAGCUGGGGCUGGGCCAUGGCAGGGAGCAGCAGCAUCCUGGCGGAGUUCGGGUCCUUGCACUUGGAGUUCUUACACCUCACCGAGCUCUCUGGCAACCAGGUGUUCGCAGAAAAGGUCAGGAACAUCCGGAAGGUCCUCAGGAAGAUUGACAAGCCCUUCGGCCUCUACCCCAACUUCCUCAGCCCAGUGAGCGGAAACUGGAUGCAACACCACGUCUCGGUUGGAGGACUCGGGGACAGUUUUUAUGAAUAUUUGAUCAAAUCCUGGUUGAUGUCGGCCAAGACAGAUGUGGAGGCUAAAGAUAUGUACUAUGAAGCCUUAGAGGCAAUAGAGACCCACCUGCUGAAUGUCUCUCCUGGGGGGCUGACCUACAUUGCCGAGUGGCGAGGGGGGAUUCUGGACCACAAGAUGGGGCACCUGGCCUGUUUCUCUGGGGGCAUGAUCGCCCUCGGCGCUGAGGAUGCCAAGGAAGAAAAGAGGGCCCGCUACCGAGAGCUCGCAGCCCAGAUCACCAAGACGUGCCACGAAUCGUACGCCCGCUCAGAUACCAAACUGGGGCCCGAGGCCUUCUGGUUUAACUCCGGCAGAGAGGCAGUGGCCACACAGCUGAGCGAGAGCUACUAUAUCCUGCGGCCUGAGGUGGUGGAGAGUUACAUGUACCUGUGGCGACAGACCCACGACCCCGUCUACAGGGAGUGGGGCUGGGAAGUGGUGACGGCCCUGGAGAAAUACUGUCGAACAGAAGCCGGUUUCUCCGGGAUCCAAGACGUGUACAGUAGCAUUCCCAACCACGACAACAAACAGCAGACCUUCUUUCUAGCGGAGACACUAAAGUAUCUCUAUCUUCUGUUCUCUGAAGACGAUGUGCUCUCCCUGGAAGACUGGGUGUUCAACACGGAGGCCCACCCCCUCCCCGUGAACCACUCGGACAGCCCCGGCAGGGGCGGGGGCCAACUCUGACCCCACCUCCCUGCCACUCCCGGGGCCCAGAGGGUCGCCUUGCCUUUUCAGGACUUGGGACUGUUCUCAAAGGGAUUGGGAACGUAGGCCCCAUUCUGGGCAGACCCAGGGCACAGGUGUCGGACCAGCAACUUCCUUUCCUCUGUGAGGAGACAGGACUUGGAGACGCAGCAAAUGUCGCACCAGGCCCAGACUUUCCUUCCUAUGGAGAAUUUCUAUGAAACCCACUCACUUGCCAUCCCAGGGCCCAAUGACUGGAGGUCUGCCUAUUGUUGCCAUGUAUUUGGGUCACUUCCGUUCAUGUGGGGAGGGUUUUUUUUUUUAAUUUGUUUUGCUUGAUUUUGCCUUUUCUCUGCAGUUGUGUUUUAUCACAGAUUAUAUGCUUUCAAAAUCAUGUGCUUUCACACGCAGUAUCGUCUUGAUGAACUAAACCUUAAAGUGUUUGCAGACACAAACCUUGACC